AUGGAUACCAUAGCGCAUACCGCGUCUCUGACGUCUCUUCUAUUUGCCGGUGCACUCGCUCAGGACUGGCAUUUUGUCGCAUUCACGACACCAGAUGGACAAGAGUUCAUCUCUCAAUCUGGGAACAUGAUCGUUCCCGCGAUCCACGAAGCGGCCACAAACUAUCUCUGGCCAGGACUGCAGACGACGGACAACUCAGGCGUGUACCAAAAUGUGCUUGACGGUAGAUCGGGAGGUUGGUGGUUUGGCAGUGGAUGGUGUUGUUCUAACCCGAGUCUUCAAUGGGGAGGUGGCUUUGGUGCUGUCGAAGGUGACAUCUUGUUCUUCAACAACACCCGCGACCUGAACAGGACCGAAUGGGUCAGCGUAAUAGACAAGAAUUGUGGUGAGGUGACCGCGACAAACUCCUUCCCGAUCGCCGACAAAACGAUGAACGAUGCCACAUUCGCAGCUGAACUCUAUGGAGCCUGGGAUUUUGGUCCAGUCAUCUUUGGAGACGUCAUCCUAAUUGCUACCGGCAGCGACACAGCAUUCUGCACAGAGUAUCCUUGGAAUUACAAUGGUGCGACAAAUGUCAGCAUUACUGGUGUCCAGUCGACUGUGCAAGCGGACACUGUUGUCUGUAACAUCGAGAGCAUCACUCUUUGGGGGCCAGUCACAUAA